AUGAGUCGCCCGGCGACGCUCAGCGCCGACGAGAUCGCCGACACCCAGCACCGAUAUAGCCGCUGGCUCAAAGUGGCCCAGCUCAAACUGGUCGCCCGCCUGUUGGGGCUCCGCAUCAACGGCAACAAGCCCGACCUCAUCGACCGCAUCGAGGAGUGGCAGCAGUUGCAGCAGCACCACCACGACCACCACAAGCUCAUGGCGUUGCGGAUGGUGGUGCUUUUGGUGCAAAACGGACGCGACGCUCCCGACGCCGCUACCCUUGCUUCCCAUAUUGCUACCGGUCGCCAGGAUCUCCUGUUACUCCACCAAAACCCUGUCGAGGGCGUGGUGACGCCUCAACCCGUACGAAGAGCGGUCCAGCCGCCUCCCGCAGCUACUAAUAGCGUCCCCUAUACUGGGAGCAGCGUUUACUUUACGCGUUCGCCGUUCUAUAACUUGGUCCAGACGGUGCUGGGGAGUCCCCAGAUCUGCCGGCCGACGCUGCUGAACGCUAGGGUGCCAUUCUACGUGACGUUUAACGCCGAGGAGCUGAAAUUGUUCCAGCGGUGCCAGCAGAAUAAGAACUACCGCGUGUUUGUGUUUUCGGGUGCCAUCCCCAGGGGCGGGGCUAACUCGAUGGAGGUGCCGGUAGAGUUCCCCAUGCCGUUACGGCUAUCCGUAAAUGGCAACGAUGUUAACGUGCUGCUGUUUAAAGGGAUCAAGGGGAAACCAGGCACGGCGAAACCAGCGGAUAUCACCGACUAUAUCGUCGAUACUCCUCGCAGAAACAACUUGGAAGUGCAGUAUUGUAACACCACCGACGCCUACCUCAUAUACAUGUGUUUUGUUGAAGUCGUGUCAGCGGAGACGUUGCUUGAGCGUAUCCUUGCAAAGCCGAAGAUCGCCAAGUAUACCACUGUCCAACGGAUACGUGAUAGCUCUGGUGAUGAUGAUAUCGAGAUGGGGACGCUGCUGGUUCCCUUGAGAGAUCCCGUGAUGUUUACCCGGUUAAAAUACCCCAUCCAGCUGAUCUAUUGCGAUCAUCCGGGGUGUUUUGAUGGGCUCAUGUUCUUACAACAACAGAUCCAGUUACCCCAAUGGCAGUGUCCUUAUUGUGGGCGUAAAGUGUCGAUGGAUGAUUUAGCCGUGUCCGAAUACUUUGAAGAGAUCUUGCGUACUUGUCCUGAAGACGUCACCACGGUAACCAUCAAAAGCGAUGGCUCCUGGGUCGCCGACGAUAUCGAGAUGGACGAUUCCGACGACGACGACGAUUACGGUGGUGCUAAACCGCCAGCACUGUCGGCCACCCCCGCCCCAAAACUGAAAGCUGACGAGAUCGAAGUGGUGUGUCUUGAUAGUGAUGAAGACGAGGAAGUUGAUGACGGAGUGGCAGCGGCGGCCAAUACCACGGCCGUGGCUGAUCAUCUGACGCAGAAUGACCCGCCGCUGUCCCCCAGAAGACAAGCACCGCGCAUCCUCUCGUCAUCGCCGGAACCGGAAGGUAGUGCUAUUGAGACGCCGAUCGGACGUGUACCCCGCGUAGCUGGAGUUUCCCCUACUCCAAGCCGCACCCCGUCACCCGUUAGGGCACGAACCACUACCGCGGCCACUCUGAAUAGCACAAUGCCACCUGGGGCUCGCCCCCCAAACUCUGCGCUGAACCCCUCGCCUACGGCACCGCGUCCCCCUACCAGACGACCACCGACUAAUAUCUUCAUCAGUCUGCGACGCCCGCGACCGCUGGCGCCCCGUCCGGCACCCUCUAAUCCUCAGCCGCUGGCGGCCAACGGAGGAGUAAGGGAGCUGACGGGAACCGCGCAAACACAGCAGUCGGCACUGCAGUCGUUGGCCGCCGACGAAGACGACGUCCCUUUAGCCCGACGAGUGCCGGGUGACUCUACCGCUUCGACCAGUCCUGCUCAACCGCUGUCGCUGAAAACUGCCACUACCACUACUAAUAAGGCGACGGCAUCUUCACCAGUGAAUCAAUCAGCGCAACCUAUGAACCAGACGACUACGGCACUGAUUGCUGCAGCCCCUCAGUCUACGGUACCUGCCAAUAAUGAAGGGCGGCUGCCGCUGGUGCAACUGGUAUCGUUGGUACUGCCGCCAGCGGUGACCCUGCCGUCCACUGCAUCCCUGCAAUUGGUGAACUCCCAGGCUCAAGCCCAGGCCCAGGCACGGGCGGUGGCUAUCGCUCAGGCCCGCUACCAGGCGCAAAGGCAGCAGGCGUCGUUAUUUGCCGCUCUGGGGUACCAACAGCCACCAGCAACGUCCACUCAACCAACACAACCACAGCAGCAGCAGCCAGCAACAGCCACGCCAUCACACCACCAGCAGAUGCGCCAACAGGCCCAGCAGGCUCGUCCUCAGGUCCAGGCUCGUCCUCAGGUCCAGGCUCAACCAGCUCGUUCUCAGACAUCUCCCACACUGUAUCAGAGUCAAGGAUACGUCCAGCAGCAGGCUCAACAGCCCCAGUACGAGGCGACGGCACUGUAUACGGUGAAUCCCGUCCUCCAAGCUCAUCCCGCGGUCCAGUAUGUCCAGUACGCGCAACCACCCGAAUCGGCUGUUGCUUCUCAGCCAUCGACGCCGACAGUGGCUAAUACGGGCCCGCUUCGCAAUUUACUCAUCACGCGAGAGAACUACCAAAAGGAAGUGCAGCUGCGUAUGGCGACGGAGAGACUGUACCGCGAACUGCUAUUGAAAUUGAAGCACUUGUUUGAUGCCUACAUGAGUGCUCGCUCCAAAUUUCUGCGGGAAACGUUCGUUGAACCGAUAGUGCAGGCGCUUAACCGAAUACGGGCCCAGCAGAUCGCGUACCACUAUAACCAGAUGCAGGAGCUCGACCACUUGUUCCAGACGAAACGAGCUGAGGUGGCGUUGGCGCUUAACAAAGCCUGUGACCACCUGGACGGGUUAGAAAGACUUCGACGGAUUAAUGAGGAAUCGACGUUCCAGAACCAAAGAAUGCAACGGCUGCAACAGAUCGAAAGGCUGUACUUCUUUGAGCCGGUUCAGCGCAACUAUACCGAGAGUUAUUUGCGGAACGUUGCUGAAAACUUGGACCAGCUUCUAGCGUAUUUGAGAACUCAGGUUGUCGGCCAGAAAAAGGCGGCCAAAUCUGUAAGCAAUGGCCUGCGGCAACAACUGUCUCAGGGGGCGUUACCAGGGGUGGCUCAGAUUGAUAUGCAGAUUCAGUCUCAGAUUCAGUCCCAAGUUCAAUCACCGCAAGUACAAUCGCCUUCAGUGCCUGUUCAGUCGCCUCCCGUGGGGGUUUCCGCUCAGUCGUCGCCAGCAGUGCUGGCACCGUCACCGCAAGUGAGUGUAUCUCAGUCGCCAGUGGUGCAAGCGCUGCCAGUGCAAGCGCUGGCGGCACAACCGCAGGCCCCUGAACCGGUCCGGGAUCAAGUGUAUGAGGCAUUCUCAUUUCGUCCAGUGGAAUCUAGUCCUCAGACGAGUAAUGCGGUGACGGCAACUGAACCUACAGUGACUAACCCCACCCAAGUACCUGAGACCACCACGGAGAAACCAGCUGAAUCUGUAGCUACCGCUUCUGCUGAUGCUACUGCUACCACUAAUGCUGCUAUCGCUGCUAACCCUACUACGACCACGGCUACUGCUACUACUGCUCCUGCGCCGACUCAACCACAACAGCUGCUGGUGGCGCUGCUGGAAGGUGCUACUCUGCCUGCACAACCACUGGAACCUGCUACUCAACCAACACGGGAAGAGAGUCCACCUGUGGCUCAACCGCAGGCGUUAUCGUUGAAUAAUGAGGGCGGUGCUCAACCGUCGGCGCAACCGCCGACUCAGCCGCCGACUCUGACGACUCCCUCUGUGACGGCACCGACUUCACCCAAAGCAACGGCUGUGUCUACCGAAGGUUUACCGACGCUGCCGCUCAAAUUGAAUACUGGUACCACGACAACGACAACAACGACAGCCCGAAGCGAACUGCCGUUGAGAUCUUCAGUGCUGCCAGAGGUUCCUCGAUUAAGCCAGCCACCGCCCACUGGACCGCUGAAGUCGGCAUUGCCUACUGGACCGCUGAAAACUGCGAUUCCCACGGGACCACUGAAAUCCGCUUUGCCUACUGGACCACGGAAGGUUACGCCGCCGACGGGACCUAGAUCGACGACUAAGUUCGUCAAUCGGCCCAAUACUUCAUCCACGCGGCUUCCCGGGUUAACUUCAACGGUGCCGACAAAGCCAGCAACGCUGUCAUCGUCGUCAUCAUCCACGACUCCUCGCCCUCAGCUUAAAAUCCCCACGCAACCGAGAGCUCAAACCACCACCCAGACUACUGCUCAUGCUGCUGCUCAGGCUAAUAAUCGGCUGGCUACGGCACCGGUGGCUCAACCGAGACCUCAACCAGUUGCUGCCCAGUCCAAUUCGUCAGUUGGUGCUACUCUGGGGCUGGUGCUGCCAGGAAAGCGGAAACUGAGUCCUCCUCCACCCUCCGAAUCGCCUAAACGGAUCAAAGGCAUGCUUGGCAUCACCAUAGCUCUGACGGUACUUGAUGGUGACGAUACUAUGGUCGAUGGUGAUAUCACUCCGUCGUCACCGAAUUCUCCCGAACCCCCUCGUCCCAGCCAGAUCCCCGCCGACGCAAUGGUCAUCGACUUAACCGAUGACUAG